AUGGGACUCCAGGUUUAUCUUCUGCUUCUCCUCCCACGUCUGGCAGGGGCCAUCCUGGACAUCACCCUGAUCGCCAACGUGCAGAGCCUGUCUCACUCUGACUUCUUCCUCUCCUGUGUCAUGGGGGAGCGUGACGUGAGCUACCUGCAGAUCGAGCGGGAGAACAAGAUGGUGAUGACAUACCCCAAGACAGGCUUCCAAAACUACCGCAACCGCAGCAACCACGUCCAGGCCAGGGGCUUCUCCACGACCGACCUGGUGGGGAUCCUCUACUGCGUGGGGCGCACCCCGACCGAGCAGGCCCAGGUGGUCUACGUGCACAACAGCCACAACGCCUACCUCUUCCCCGUGAAGGCCACGCAGUCAGUGAAUGUCGCCGAGCCGGCCACCUUCACUGCCAGGAUCCUCAAGAGGAAAGAGACAGAUGUUAUGUGGAAAAAAAAUGGCACCUACUACCAGACCACAGACCGGGGCGAGGUGCAGGGUGACCGUGUCAUCCUGACGCUCCCCAAUGUCAGUGUCAGCGAAAAUGGUGUGUACAGUGCCACGUUCUUGGGGGACAGCCCUCUGUGGAGUGCCUUCUACCGCCUGAUUGUGAGAGCCUGCCCUGCGAAGAAAUGGGGUCCAUCCUGUGAGAAGGACUGUCCUGACUGUCUGAACGGUGGCGUCUGCCAUGACCAUGUUGGCGAAUGCAUCUGCCCUCCUGGGUUUAUGGGCACCCGCUGUGAGCGAGCCUGCCGGGAAGGCCAGUUUGGCCGCAACUGCCAGGAGAUUUGCCAGAGAUCCCAGGGCUGCCGGGGACUGAGCUUCUGCCUGCCCGACCCCUAUGGCUGCUCCUGCGCCUCAGGCUGGAGUGGCUCCCGCUGCAACCAAGCUGCCUGCAGUCUCUGUCUCCAUGGUCCUUCACUGGCCAGGGGUAGCAGCGAGUUCUGCCCAGCAGGCUGGCAUGGGCAGCACUGUGAGAAGUCAGACCGGUUCCCCCAGAUCAUCCAGCUGGCCUCAGAGCUGGAGUUCAACCUGGGCUCAGAGCCUAUCAUCAGCUGUGUAGCCACUGGCAACCCACUGCCCACCAGUGACAGCGUGGAGCUGCGCAAGGCUGACGGCACUGUGCUCAAGCUGAUCAAAACCAUCAUUGAGCCAGGACAGAUCACCUGUGAGUUCCAGGUACAACAUCUGACAAAGGCAGACACAGGGCUCUGGGAGUGCAGAGUCUCCACAACUGGGGGCCAGGACAGCCGGAAAGUCAAGGUGAACAUUCGAGUGCCGCCAGUACCCCUGAGCCCCCCCCGGCUAUUGGCCAAGCAGAGCCGCCAGCUCGUGGUGUCACCUGUGGACUUCUUUUCUGGUGACGGACCCAUCACCUCCAUCAAGCUGUUCUACAAGCCCAAGGAUGACAAUUCUGCAUGGUCAUCCAUUGUGGUUGACAACAGUGAGAACAUCACCCUCAUGAACCUUCGGCCAGUGACUGCCUACAUCGUUAAGGUGCAGCUAAGCCGGCCAGGGGCUGCUGGGGAGGGCAGCAAGGGGCCUGAGGCCGUCAUGGUGACCGAGUGCCUUGAGCCCACAGUCAAGCCUGUGAUUGAAGGCUGGUCCAUAGAAGACAAAAACACACUUCAUGUCAACUGGAAGUUGCCAAGUAACCACGAGCCAGCACAUGGGUUCAUCGUCCACCUUUUCGACUCUGCAAGGCGGUUGGUCUCUGAGAAAAACAUCACGUCCAUCUCUGUGCUCUCUGCCCGCAUCGGGGACCUGGAGUUCAACAAAGAGUAUGGGCUGGAGGUGCUGGUGUACCACUGCACAAGUUUGGGGCCCCCCUCCGACCUCUAUAAGGUCACGAUCAACAGCAAAGGGCCCUCCUCCCCACGGUUGCUCUCAGCAGAGUCUGUGUCCAACACCGCGGUCAGGCUCUCCUGGCAGGUCCCCGAAUACCCCAACGGGGGCAUCACCAAGUACAUUGUGGAGCUGCAGCAGGUGGGGGGCACCAGUGAACCCCAGUGGAUCGACACUGACAGUGGCGCUGAGACCACCAAGAUCGUUGGGGGCCUCAACGCCAGCACUAGCUACCAGUUUCGUGUCCGUGCCAACUCCCAUGUCCCAGGGGAAUGGAGCCAGCUUGUGAAAGCCAAGACCCUGGGGGACGGGCUCAGCCAUGGACAGGACCCUCCAUCCCUCCUUUUGGCAGGCCCGCCGCGCGGGGCCAGCCAUAGCACUGAGCAGGCAGGAAUAGACCAGCAGCUGCUCUUGGCCAUCGUUGGCUCCGUGUCCGUCACCUGCCUCACCAUCCUCUUUGCACUCCUGGCGCUCUUCCUCAUCAAGAAGAACUUUUUCCACCGGCGCCGCACCUUUACAUACCAGUCUGGCUCGGGGGAAGAAACCAUCCUGCAGUUCAACUCAGGAACCCUGACCCUGACACGCCGGCCCAAGCCGCAGCCUGAGCCCCUCAGCUACCCCAUCCUGGAGUGGGAAGACAUCAAAUUUGAGGACAUGAUUGGGGAGGGCAACUUCGGGCAGGUCAUCAGGGCCAUGAUCAAAAAGGAUGGUCUGAAAAUGAAUGCAGCCAUCAAGAUGCUGAAAGAGUUUGCUUCAGAGAAUGACCAUCGGGACUUUGCUGGGGAGCUGGAGGUGCUGUGCAAACUGGGCCAUCACCCGAACAUCAUCAACUUGCUGGGUGCCUGCGAGAACAAGGGCUACCUGUACAUCGCCAUUGAGUAUGCUCCCUACGGAAACCUCCUCGACUUCCUCCGCAAAAGCCGAGUCUUGGAGACAGACCCAGCCUUUGCCAAGGAGCACGGCACUGCCUCUACCCUCACCUCCCAGCAGCUCCUCCAGUUUGCUUCAGACGUGGCCAAAGGGAUGCAGUACCUGAGUGAGAAGCAGUUCAUUCACAGGGACCUGGCAGCAAGAAACAUCCUGGUGGGAGAAAACUUGGCCUCCAAGAUUGCUGACUUUGGCCUCUCCAGGGGGGAGGAGGUCUAUGUGAAGAAGACAAUGGGCCGCUUGCCAGUUCGCUGGAUGGCCAUCGAGUCCCUGAACUACAGUGUGUACACCACCAAGAGUGAUGUGUGGUCGUUUGGUGUUCUGCUCUGGGAGAUCGUCAGCUUGGGGGGAACACCGUACUGUGGGAUGACAUGUGCCGAGCUCUACGAGAAGCUGCCCCAGGGCUACCGCAUGGAGAAGCCACGCAACUGCGACGACGAGGUGUAUGAGCUGAUGCGUCAGUGCUGGCGCGACCGUCCCUACGAGCGCCCACCCUUCGCCCAGAUCUCCAUGCAACUCAUCCGCAUGCUGGAGGCCAGGAAGGCCUACGUGAACAUGGCCCUUUUCGAGAACUUCACCUACGCAGGGAUUGAUGCCACUGCUGAGGAGGCAUGA